AAUCUUGCAAAAAUCGCACUUUAAAUAUGGCCGUCCGAAUCCCGAGUGGGUGUGCCGUUCUGAAUGUUGUGACUACAUAGUUAUCAAAAAAUUUACUGAUUGUGCUGUGGAACCGACAAAGUGGAGCUGUAAUAUAAUUUUCCUGUUUCCGGCUUUGAUUUCGUCCAGCCGAGAUGAACUGGCUGCGAAACAGCCCCAUCAGGGUGUCUCUGAGGGGCAGGGGCACCACCUCGUCGCCGCCUAAGGAGUGCGACCCGGCAGCCUGCUUCGACAGCUUCAAACACCACUGGCAACAGGCGCAGAACAUCAUCAAUAAAAUACAGGGUGGCACGGAGGGUGCGACGCAGGAUGACAUUCUCUCCGUGGUGAACAACCUGGACCAAAUGCAGACCCUUCUAGUGCUUGAGCUGAAGCGUGGCGGGCGCGAGGAGCGAGCCUGUCUCGACUUCCUGCUCAGCCAAAGCAUUUUGGACCAACUGCUGACCUCGAGUUCGCUGACCGGCCUGUACAGUAACAUCCUGCGCCUCGAGCAGCUCAAGGUUUACGAGAUGCUGUUGACGCACGCGCCGCAGCAGCAGCUCCUGCUCACCCAGGAGCCCUUCCUGCGGCCCCUGCUGCGGCUGCUCACCUCCUGCAUCAACGAGUGCUUCCCCGCCGACAUCGAGAAGCGGCUGAUUUUGCUGCUCAAUCAGCUCUGUGUCUGCCUCACGCAUAAUCCCGAAUACCUAGACCUCUUUUUCACGGAGAGCACCGGCCCGGGCAGGUUUGUGAUAUUCUCUUUGCUGGUGCCGUAUGUGCAUCGAGAAGGAGGUGUUGGGCACCAAGCCAGAGACGCAAUGCUCCUGUGCAUGGGUCUGUCCAAGAAAAACGAAGCGCUCGCCUCCUACAUUGCUGACAAGUCCAAUGUCUGUCCGGUGUUGGCGACUGGCCUGAGCGGCUUGUACUCGCGGCUACCGCGGAAGCUGCUGAUUGAGUCUGAAGAAUGGCACUGCUUCACGCCGGACGACGUGAUCGAGCUGCCUGAGCUGACACAUUUCCUUGCCUCGCUCGAGUUCUGCAAUGCAGUGGUCCAAGUGGCUCAUCCGCUGGUGCAGGCGCAAAUGCUCGAGUUUGUGCACCACGGCUUCCUGGUGCCGGUUGUCGGGCCCGCCCUGUUGCAGGACUCGGAAGCCUUCUCAAUAGCCAGUUCAGAUCCUACCGUCCAGAGGAAUAUGGUGGAGGAGUUGGUCACGUCCACCGCCUACCUGGAGCUCUUUCUUCGAAGCAUUUCCGAGCCGGGCCUGCUGAAGGUGUUCCUUCGAUUCAUCGUGGUUGACCAUUACGACGGCGAACGCGUCAUUGACAAGCUCAUCUCCAGGCUCGCCGGCAAAACACAGUUGUGCAUGGUGACAAUUUCGCUGUUCAACACACUAAUCGGUCUGCACUGCGAGGACGUGAUGCUGGAGCUGGUGUUCAAGUACCUGACGUGCUGCUCGCACGUGAUGCUGUCGCAACGCAAGCGAAUCAAGGACAUGGACGUCUACUGCCGCAGCGCCGAGCGCCUGUUGGCGUUGUCAGUGGCAGUGCCGCGGCGCCGCAAGACCAACUCCUCUUCCUCCUCGUCGGGAGGCUCGCUCUCGAGUCAGUCGAGCCAGUCUCUGCGGCACGUGAGUUUGCACGGCGACUUCGGCGCCUAUUUGGCAACUGCGCGCGCUUCCAUUGCGGCCACCUGGCUGGCGUGCGGCGCCUGGACGCACGCGUACGACGGCGAGAGUCCGCCGCCGCGCGCCGCACUCGUCCUGCCCACCGACUCGAACCGCAACCUCGCCCAAAAGGCCACCGAGGAGAGUUUGGCUUCGGUCAGCAGCGGAUACCACAGCCUCCAGCCUGAUUCCGAGGUCAGAGAGGACAGUCCCCUAGUCACUAAUAGGUCGUCGGCACCCUCUUUUCACUCCACGCCUGACAUAGCUUGGAUUGUUUCAGGCCCUUUCCUGGACCUGCUGCUUAGACAAUUAGAAAACAUGAUGACCAACAGUGUGUACCUGAACCUGCAGCUGACAGGGCUGAUUUCAAGGCUGGCCGCGUUUUCGCAACCCUUGCUGCUGUCGCUGCUCCUCAACCACUCCCUUGUCUUCCAGCCGAGCGUCCGCUCGCUCUUCCAGGUGUUGGGUUCGUUGAAGCAGCGACUAGACGCGUACUUAAACAUGCACGACAACGUGGAAGAACUGCUGCUCGAGGCGAGACUCUUUCUUGUCUGUCGAGAAGAGACCCUAGCCAACGCCAAGAGACACCCCCACGAGCCUGCCGCCUCCACGUACGCCCCCAGCACCAACGGGACCAGCAGGAGAGGCACCUCUAUUGCUGAUUCUUCUUUCAAAGGAGAGGCAAAAAGACUGAGCAUUUCCUCUGCACUGUCGGUGCUGAAAAGGGCGACGCAGGGUGCGUUUUCCCCUGUUCGAGAGCAGCCUGCCAUUGAGUACAGCGUCAAUGGUUUCAGGCUGGCAAAGAGGGCGGAAAACAGCGAGUUGAAGAAUGUUGUUCUUUGUGCUGUGCUUUUCGACGAGUGGCUCAAAGAACUAGCAGCUUUGGCUCUCGAGCAUGUUGCCAGCCACCAAGCAGUUCCUCCGCCUGAAAAAUAAUAUUGUCUUCCCAGGGUUCUGAAUGAGAAAAUUGAAAGGGUUUCCAUCUUAAAAGCAGAGGGGUGAAUGCUGACUUUGGUGAGACUGCAUCAAUUUAUUACGUUUUAGCCAUUUUGUUUGGAAGUCUAUCAAAGAGUUCGCAUUCAGAGUGUUAGGAAAGUGUGAUAAUUUUUAGUCUUUUAUUUUUGAAAAAUAUAUUCCGGACCAGCUGGUUUUAGUAAUUUUUAAAAUUUAUUUUCUUCGUUCAUUUUUCUGUCUUGUCGGCUUUGAUGAAAUUUAUUUUAAACAAUGACUGGAAACUGAAACUUGUUUUUUUUUUAAUUUCUCUAUAAAAUUUUAUUUAAAUCUUUUACCAUUAUGUUUCAAUUGAUGAACAAAAAUUUAAAACGUUUGGGCAUUCAUUCACUUCUUGCUUAGUACGGAGAAUAGAAAUUUCAAAUUUUUUAAUUCGGAAUCCUGAAUAUUUUACUAAGUCACCCUGCUUAAAGUAUUAAUUAACAUGUGCCAUCUAAUAAUGUUAAAGAGCUAUUUAUCUGUUAAUUUUACUACGUCAAAGUAUUUUAAUACUUAGUUGAAAGCAAUAGGACUGUUUGUUACAAGGAUGCAAUCGAUGAAAUAAAAUGUCUGUGAAUCAGAA